CGGCAGCCGGCUGCAGUUCCUUCCACCUCCUUCUCCAGCUCCCACUCGGGCGUCGGUGGGAGGGAGCUCCUCCACUCUCUCCAGGUCCCCCACCAAACGCGCGCGCCCCGGCCUGGCCCCGCGCCGCCCCCGCCCCGCGGGCCCGGGGCUCCGCCUGCCUCGGUGCCAGCGGAGCGCACAGGCGACAGAUAGGCGAGCGGCUCCGGGCGCCCUCUCCUCUGGCCGCCUGGCUCCGCGGAGUAGCUGGGACCCAGGAGCGGCUGCAAGGACUUCCCUCCUGCUCCCUCCCCCUCUCCGCCCCCGCCCCCCUGGCCCGGGCUCUGAGAUCUCGCUGAAGACAAUUGCAGUAAAUGAGGACAUCGGAGGAGCACGGAGCCGGGCGGCUGUGGCUGGCUCCUCCGCCGCGCCGCGAACGAGCGAGCGCGCGGGCGUCCCCGGAGCCGGCCGAGCCGCUACCUCCCCGCGGGCGUUGCUGAGUGGGGCCGGAGGGACGCGAGCUGCGGCGCGGGGGCCGGCCGGGCCAGGCGGGCCGGGCCGGCGGCAGUGGAGGGGGCGGGCGGCAGAGCGCAGCCGGCCAAGUCCCGAGAGCUGAGCCUUCCGCCGCGCGAGCCGGAGGAGCUUUGCCGCGGAUGCCCUGCCCCGAGUGCUCCGUGCCGCGCCAGGCUUGCCAGGGUCCGCGGAGAGACAUGCCUGAGCCAGGCGCUGCACCGACCUCGACUUAUCUGUAAGCAGCAGAAGGAACCAUGGUCAGUAAGGAAACCAGCAAAUGCAUACUCACGACGGCAGAGAGUGAAGUAGAGCCAGCUGCCUGCCUGGCCCUGGAGAUGAAAUAUGCCCUGGAUCCCAAUCGGCAAAUUAAAAAGCGUAACAAAGCCCUUCAAGUGCGCUUUAAGGAUAUCUGUGAGGCCCAGAAUGAACAGAGGGACACACAACUUUCCUCAGGACAGCUGGGCGAAAAGCGAGAGGCCAAGCCCGUGUCCUGCAGAGCAGCUUAUCGAAAAUACAUGACGGUGCCCGCGCGGCGCUCCAUCCCCAACGUCACCAAGAGCACAGGUGUGCAGACCUCACCAGACCUUAGGAAGUGUUAUCAGACAUUCCCUCUGGACCGAAAAAAAGGGAAUCUCAAAAACAUCACAGCUGCAGAUUCCUUCAAAACUCAAAACAAUGGGUUCCUAACAGAUGUGAAAGAGAAGAGCCAGGCAGAACCCAUGGAGGAGGUCCGAAUAUGCAGCGCGGGGCGGAUACACAAGACAACAGCCUUGGUUUUCCAUUCUAACGAGCAUGUAAAUGUCACAGACCUGCUUCCUGGGGUUAACUGUGCAGAGCCCUGCAAAGACCCAGAUGUGCUCAGGCACCCAGAGACUCUACUCCAGAACUACUCUCUGCCUCCCUCAGAAGAGGCUGUGUACCAGCUGCAGGGGAGAGCAAAGUCUGAAGGGGGCACUCCAGACUCAGAGGAGCCUGCUCCACUGGCCCACAGGGUGUUUAAAACAGAGGUGGCCACUGUAUACGCGCCUGCCAUCAGUGCCAGGACCCCGGACCCUGGCUUGUCAGACUCUGCUGCACCCAGCCAGUGGUCCCUCUGCCCUGCAGAUGAGGAGCAGAGGAGAGCCACACAUCUCAAUGGGCUGCAGCCAACCCCCAGCUCUGCACUGGCCCACUCACCCCCAGUGCAGGGCCAGUCCCCCCAAAGUAGAGAACAACCCUUGCAGAUUCAGCCCAGUGCCACAGCCACGCCUGCAGGUGAAGAAUGCCAGCAAAUCGUGCCUCACACAGAAGUAGUGGACCUCAAGGCACAGCUUCAGAUGAUGGAGAACUUGAUCAGUUCAAGUCAGGAGACCAUCAAAGUGCUCUUGGGGGUCAUUCAGGAGCUGGAGAAAGGAGAAGCCCACCGAGAAGGUGUGGAGCUGGAUUUUAAGCAGCAAGAAGACAAACUACAGCCUGUACUGAAGAAACUGAAUCCUAUUGAGGAAACUCAGGUCGCACCUUCGCCUUACACUCAGGAGACUUCCUCCUCAACGCCCAAGCAAAAAUCCAAAACUGAGUCUAAAAAGCACGGAAGAUGGAAACUCUGGUUCCUUUAAAACUCUUUGAUGUGUGGAGUCUCGAGGCUGUCUUUAAAACCCACUGGAGUUAAGUCAAUCCUGUUCCAAAGAGGAACUGGAUCCAGGGAACUGUGGUGCCGAUACAUGCACUCCCUGCUUCUCGCCCUGCGUACCAAAAAGGCCUUUUGUAUCAACAGAUCAUUAACAGAGCAAGGGAGUAAAUUUUACACCUUGCCAGCUGUUCUUUGCAGUUCACUGAUGUGGGAUAUAAAAUCCAAAAUGAAACUUAUGUAGUCAAAGAUGAUAAGUAAAAUUCUAUCCCCUUCCCUCCCAGAUCUGUAAGUAUUACAUUUCCAACCUGUAAAACGUCAGGCAGUCACUCUGUACACAGGUAAAACUCAUAAUUAUUUCCAAGCCUUUAUUUUUUUAAAAAUAACAAGAAGAAAACGCAAGCCUUACGUUUGCAAAAGACUUCAUUUUUAUGUUUCAUUUUGCAAAUAAGCAGGGGGUGAGUGCAAUUUUCAGCACAUCAAAUUCCGGAGAAAGCACAAUUUUUUCAAGUGGUCAGAGACCAUGAAUAAUCUCUAAAAUGUGACUCUGUAUAUUUGCCUUCAUGUGCUGUAGCGCUAAACCAAGUGACCACAUCUCAGUGUCACACUGACACCUCAAAUUUAGCAUCCUCUUCAUCUCCAGACCUACAACAUGUUACUCCUCAUUCUCCAAAUAGCCACCAGCCAGGAGUCCCCCAAAGUUAAAACAUGCCUUUAAUCAUUGCAAGUUGACAGGGUCAGAGCUGUUGGACAUUAAGCUUUCUUAGAUCUCGUUUAUAAUCUUUUGGUACCCAAAGGCCAAAUGAUAAAUUCUGACAAGAAUUUGAAAACAUAUAGAGAUACACAAUGGAUAAUGCACUCACCAAUAAAUCACAGGCUCCUGAACCAUGACGGAGAGUGUUUUUGCGGAUCAAUCCUUGACAUUGUUCGCCCUAUAAGCGCAGCCAAACAUUUUAUGUAAUUCGUUAUGCUUUGUAACAACUGUGCAAGAUCUGACCAUCUCAAAAAGAAACUGUUUUGUUUAGCUGCUACCAAUGGACAAACUUAAUAUCACCUACAUUUAACCUAUUAGUAAGUUGUACUAAAUGACAUACUUAGGGGAAAGCUGUGAAUCAAAUGUUUUUAGGUAUUUUUUAAAUCCACAGUAACACUUGGAAUUCUCUCUUGAUUACACAUUGCUAUGUAAAUCUUAGUUCCUUUAUUUUUUCACUCAUUUCUUUGCACCUUUGCAAUAUCUUUUUAUAGAAAUCAAAAUCCCCUAGACUAUUAAGGACUUUGUCUAUCAGUAUUUUGCUUUUCACAAUAGAAAGUAGGGAUCUUAUUUUGCCUUGUUUUGUAUAACUUAAAUUUUGCAUAGUUUGUGAAUAUACCAGAAAACCUAGCCUUCAAAUUUCGAUCCAGCAGUUUCAUACCUAACUGUGUGCAGAAAGGCACACCUUGCUGAAUAGAUGCCAAACACAAAGUGGCUCACCUUGGUAAUAGGAUCUCAACCUGCUUUUUUCAGAUUAGAGCUUCUUCUUGCAGUCCAUUUUCCUUUUCACUCAACAGCAGUUUUAGUUUAGCACUAAGGGUUUAGGUUCUACAGGAACCUAGUGAUCAGGAAUCAGAUCGGGACUUGAAAAUUAAACUAAGAGUAGAUUGUAUACAUAUUCUUUGGAGGUUACUCAAACAAUCCUACAGAGAUGUGUUUAAUUUACAACACACUAACACAUACCCAUUUUGUGGAACUACUAAAUAAGGAAUCAAAUCCCUGGAGAGCAGUAAAUAGAACUGAGAAAUAAUUUUGUGCAAGAAGAACAACAAGCAAGUUGAUCCCGUACCAUGAAGGAAGUGCAAUUGUUUCCCGUAGAUGAAAAAAAAAA